ACAUAUUCUUCCUAAACAUUGGCCUGAUUUGAAAAAAAAGUAUGGUUAUGGUGGUUGGAUACAAAUGGACCAUUAUGAACCGGGCAAAGCAAGAAUGCUUCUUGACGGAAAAAAUUUCCGUGAAGUUCAAUGUAAUUGCUGGUCCGCCGAAGAAAGAAUACGAGAAUGUAACGCUUUUGAUGUAGAUGUUCAGGUUCUAUCCACUGUACCCGUAAUGUUUUCGUAUUCUGCAAAACCUCAACAUACGCUCGAUUUGGCGCGUUAUCUAAAUGAUCACAUUGCACAAGUCUGUGCUGAAGAUCCGAAACGGUUUGUCGGUCUUGGUACUCUUCCAAUGCAAUCUUGCGAACUUGCAGUCGGGGAAUUACGACGAUGCAUUAUUGAGCUUGGGCUCGUUGGUAUUCAGAUUGGAAGUCAUAUAAAUGAAUUGAACUUGGAUGCUCCAGAAUUGGAGCCUCUUUGGGAGGCAUGUGAAGAACUUAAUGCCGCUGUGUUUGUACAUCCAUGGGAUAUGGAGAAUAAAGGACGUAUGGAAAAAUACUGGUUUCCAUGGCUUGUUGGAAUGCCAUGCGAGACUACCAUUUCAAUCUGCUCACUAAUAUUUGGUGGUGUUUUAGAACGACACCCGAAACUUAAAGUGUCUUUUGCACAUGGAGGCGGCUCUUUUCCCGGAACCAUUGGACGAAUCGUUCAUGGUUUUAAUGUGAGACCGGAUUUAUGUGCCACAAAAAUAACCAAAAUUCAUGACGAGGACACCCUGAAAUUCCUCAUCAAAAAAAUGGGUAUUGACCGAAUUAUGUUGGGCAGCGACUACCCGUUCCCCCUUGGUGAGCAUCAUCCCGGAAAGUUAAUUGAGGAAUGUGACGCGUUAAGUGAUGAAGAUAAGGAGAAACUUUUGAGUGGCAAUGCUUUGAAGUUUCUGGGAAUCGAAGAUAAAAAGGACCUGUUUAUACAAAAGUAA